UGUCCUGUCCUGUCCUGUCCUGUCCUGUCCUGUCCUGUUCUCUCCUGUCCCACAGACCUUCCCGGCCACCCCUUACGCUCAGCCUAUCUCGCAUCGUUCACUUUCAGGCACUCGGCCAGUGGACACAAUUCCAGCCACGAGGUCAACAACCAUCGAGACUUAUCUCCAAGCGGUAAAGCAUCGACGGGGUUCCCCAUCAUCCCUUUUGCGCGAAGAGAAAACAACCAGGAUUCCCAGCCAGCGAGCGUUACUACCAUAGGCUAGAGCUCCCAAUUCCAAGGGACUGUACGUGCCGUGAAGAUCUUUCUCUCCCCCUCAAAAUUCUCGAGAAGCUCAAGCCCUGUCUUUUGCUCUCCUCAAUACUUUCUUGAACAAUUUUCUCGUUUGGUCUCCUCGCAUUUGUUUGCCAAAGGACGAACAGACAUCAUGGAUCACGGCAACGAUAUGGAACUGAGUCACCGGCCAAAGGCCACCGGCCGCGCAGGCGACGCCGACGCCGAUGCGCAAGAAUAUGGCGGCUCCAAAGGCGCCACGCAACAAGGCCGAGAGAUUCGCACAUCACCCCAGACCUUGGAUAGAUAUAUCUCGUUUUUCCCGACCAUUGCAUUUCCCGCCACGUUGCAAUCUUCCUGGGAAGCUCUCGCGGUCAGUUUCCAAGCCGGUCUGCUCAAUGGAGGCCCGACAGCUCUGGUCUGGGGCACGCUACUAUGUAUUGUCGGGAGUCUUGCUCUUGCGCUCUCCCUGGCUGAAAUGGCAUCCAUCACUCCCGUGGUCGGCGCACAAUACCGUUGGUCAGCCUUGUAUGCGCCUCGUGGAUUCGGCUCUCCGGCCUUUUGGAGUUUGCUGCAAGGAUGGAUCACCGUGUUUGCAUGGAUGGCCCUCUGCGCUCAGGUGUGUUUCUUGGAGGGAACUGUGAUCCAGGGCUUGAUCGCCCUGAACAAUCCCGACACAUAUAUCCCGCAAGGCUGGCAUGGCACGCUACUGGCAUGGGCAAUUCUCGCACUCCCGCUUUUCUGCAAUAUUUGGGCGCGCCGGAUUCUGGCCCCUCUCGAGGUUCUCGGUGGCAUUGUCCAUGUCGCCCUUUUCAUCGUAUUCGUCGUUGUUCUGGUGGCAAUGUCUCCUCGCAGCUCCGCCGAUUUCGUUUUCAAAACGACCUUUACCGGACUCAGUGGCUACAGCAGCGCGGGCGUACAAUGGAGUAUAGGACUGCUCAGCGGAGCGUUCCCUCUGGCUGGAUUUGAUGGCGUCCUUCACAUGGCAGCCGAAGUCAAGAACGCGCCCACGGUGGUACCAACUAGUAUGGUCUUGUCGGUCCUGAUCAACGGCAUUCUAGCAUUCGCCUUCAUCAUCACCGUCCUGUUCUGCAUAGGCGACCCAAUAGCCGUGUCCGAGACCUUGACGGGCUACCCGAUCAUCCAGAUCCUGUACAACUCGACCGGGAGCACCGCAGCAACCACGGUUCUGAUGACUUUCCUGAUCUUCAUCGGCGUCGUCGCGGUGUUUUCAUCUCUCGCAUCCGUUUCCCGUCUUACUUGGGCCUUCGCCAGGGACAAAGGUCUCCCAUUCUCAAACUUCUUCGGACAGGUCCAUCCAACGCUCCGUAUCCCGCUCAACUCGCUGUUGCUGAUCACCAUCAUCGUCGUUCUCCUGCAACUCAUCAACAUCGGCAGCACAACCGCCUUCUUCGCCAUCUUAUCGCUGAACACGCUCGCGCUGUACCUCAGCUAUCUCAUCCCCAUCUUGUUCUGGAUCAUCCACAAACUGCGCGGCUUCCCCGUCCCGUACGGUCCAUUCAAGCUCCCACGCGGCCUCGGCUUGCCCAUCAACUUAUUCGCCCUCUGCUACGGCAUCUACGUCGCCAUCUUCCUGCCCUGGCCAUCCGUCGUGCCCGUGACGGCGGCGACGAUGAACUACGGCGGUCCCGUCAUGGGCGCCGUCAUCAUCUUCGCCCUACUCGACUGGGUCAUCGGAGGCAGGAAGCGCUUCCAAGUCCCCGUCGACGUGCGGGCUCGGACCAUAGACGAAGAUUCUCUUGCUUCUUGAAUAUGUAUACAUGUGCACACGGGGGAAAAAGGGGAGGGGGAACUUGUUGUUGACUACUACUAGUAAAGAGAUUUCUCUCGCCUCUUGAACAUGCACACAGCAAAAAAGAAGGGUGAAGGGCUUGUUGUUGACUACCUGUGGCGUGGCCUGUGUCUCUGUCCGCCGGAAGUUGAGAAGAACCCUCUGCAGAGUCCAGACACACCGUAACGGCGUACAGUCCACCAGUAGUACUAGUAGGAUGUCUUCUUCUCCGUUUCCCUUUUUGCUCUUUUUUACGAGACUAG